UAGACUCCACCUACCUCCAUCCACCUACCCUCCUCAAUUUCCGCGCCUGCCCGCUUCCUUGCCGCCACUUGGAACGCCGCCGUUCACUAGCCGCCGCCAGCCACCACCAGCGUCGCCACCCUCGUCCUAUCGCGCCACGCCACCUGUCCCCAAUGCCUUCCCACGCCCCUGCGCCGCCGCAUGGCCUGCCAGGACCCAGAUCGGGGCCCUGGAAGCCCAACUCCACCCGAAGCGCGUCGCUGCUCCUCCCGCAGCGCUCGAUCCAAUCUAGAUCGAGGCAUCUGCCUCCGCCCCGAGCGCCACCUCGCGUCUGUGCCACACUCCGCCAGCAUCGUCGGCGGCCACCGGAGAUCUCGUCGCCGUCAAGCUCCCCCGGAGGACCUCCCAGGCCGAUUCCGCUCCCUCUCCUCUUCUCGUUUUCCCCUCGCGCUCCCUCUCACCCCGAUCCCUCUUCUGCAGGACCUCCUGACGUUUCCAUGCCUCAGGCAACCCUCGCCGGCGCCUGCCUCUACCAUUCCUUGCCGGAUCUGGACGAGCUCCUCUGGUUCGGUGCAUCCCCGGCGAGCUCCGUCUUCCUCCAUCGCCGGAGCUCCGUCGGCUGCCGCGCCAUCCUCUGCAUCGAGCAACGGCUCGAGCGCACCCGUGUGUUGACCGCACAUGGACCGUGUCCCUCCUCAAGGCCCAGCAACCGCUCCCAGCAAGCAGCGUUGAUUCGGCCUGCCUCCUACGCGCCGUGGGCCGCACCAGCUGGCCCAGCUGUGCGUCACUCCUGCCGGCCUCCCUCUCGACCAAACCGGGCCGAGGCCCACAUCUGCCAGCUCCCUGGAGCCCGAUCUUCGGUUUUGUUCCGGAGUUGUGAGGAUCCGUUCGACUACGUCUGUUUGUCUUCUUCAUGGACUCAUUCUUCUUCCUUACGGGAUCUCAGUUGCAGGUGCUGGCGAUACCCGUGCAGGUGACGCAUCCGAGCUCAAGUGGGAACUCGAUGAAGAUCUUGGUCGUUGUUAUCUUUCGUUUUCCUAUUGAUCAGUAUUGGAGCCCAGUUGGGACGAUCGGGGAUCUAGCAUUUGGGGUUGUCUUCUUUAAUUUUGGUUCCGUAGUCGGACCUUGAUUGUAUUCCAAUUGACGUAUGUUUAACUAUGUUAUUUGUGUGAAGUGGCGAUUGUAAGCCAACUCUUUAUGCCUUUCUUAUUCAGUACAUGGGAUUGUGUGAA